AUGGUCGAUUGCUCAUAUCUUAGCGAUGAAAACCGAUUUCCUGACAGCUUCAGAAAUUUAGAUCCGAACCCUGACAUUUCAGGGAAUGGCGUUCUUAUUGGGUUUAUAGGCACAGCAUACUUCUCAUUUUUAUUGCUUGUUGUGCAAUAUCUCAUGGGCUCAUCAGAAGAUACCAAACUUGAUGUGUCUGCAAACCCAGUUGACAAGAAACUCUUGUCGUUUAUCUGGCGGUAUCUUGGGAAGCCAUCAGAUCGUUAUAAAGAGCCCCUAAAAAACGCUAUCUUAGCAAUGAGCGACACACAAAUUGUUACUGGGCUGUCUAUUCUUGCCAGUGGCUUCUCACAACUCAACAGCGGCCUUGGCAUUUUUCACUGGAAUAUCGUUGCAUACCUAGCGUGGUUCUCAUCAGUGACGCACCUCUGCACACUGACAUUCCUUCGGAGAUACUUUCAGGCUAAUCCUGGUAUUCGGAUGCUACGAAUGAUUCUCAUGCUUCUUCUAGCACUCACGUUAGCUAUCGCUCUUCUUCCAACUGGCGGCGCAUGUGGACCGAGUUACGAAUAUAACCGGGGGGUUUAUCCAGGAGCACCAGCAAAGUGUUGCUUUUUAUUAAUGGGUAGGCGUCACGGGUUUAUUGCUGACGAUGGUGCUUACAUCGUCUCACUGAUCAUAUCAGAGGUCGGAUUCUGCAAGGAUCUGGUUAAGGCAUAA